CUGUGGUAGCCAUGGUGAUUGGAUUCUCAGCAGCGUCGUUGCUUUUUGGAGCUCAGUAAUUUCUUAGAGGUUGCUCCGUGCCCUGCAGACGCAGAGGGGAAGGGGCUGUGGGUGCUGUGCUUGAGCUGUCGGGGCAGCAGGAAACCAGGAGAUGUGAGAAGGCUGGCGCAGGUUGUGCGGUGCCCGGAGGAGCCAUGGUGCUGGUUCUGUUUGAGGUCACAGCCAGGCAGUGACACUCUCCAACAGACAGAGGCUGCAGUAACUGUCAACACACGCUGAACCUGAAGGCAGAGCUGCUGGCACCAUGCUGAGCCGCAGGGCAGACAUGAACCAGCAGAUCCAGGAGCUGCGCUACAUCAUCGCCUUGCAAGAGAAAGGGAAGACGUUUUCCAGGCAGUUGUGUGAGGAAAAGCUAAACCAGAACAAAAAGCUGCUUUCCCAGCUGCAUGAGGCAUUGCAGGAGGACAUCCAUGCGCUGGACGUCGCCCAGAAGUAUGACCAGCGCAUCAUCGCUAAGUUCAGCAGAAAGCAGAAGUACUUGUGUGGCAAAACUGCGCAGGGAGCCCAAGAGAAGCUCCGGAGCAGCAUCUUCAACCAGGUGAACUCCUGCAAUGCGCUGCUGCACGAGGUCAAGCAGCGGAGCCAGGCCCGGGAUGUGCUGCAGUGGCGGCUGCAGCAGCUGCUGGAUGAGAGGAUCGCUGACAAGCGGCUCCAGGAGCAAGUGCAGACGAUUCGCCAGCUGGAGAACAACAUUGAGAAGAUGUACAUGAAAAUCCACGCCGGGCAGAAGGUGACGGUGCUGUACCUGGCACUGCGGGAUGUCCUGAAGAAGGAGCUGGACUAUCUGCUUUUGCAUCUGGAUCUCGUACACAUCUUGGCUGGGGCGUAUCAAGUGGAGGUGCCGGACAGGGAGCUUUUGGCUUCGGUUGCUCUCAAAUCCAGUGAGAUCAGCAGGAGGGACCUGACCAUGCUGGAAGCCCGGUUCAUGGAAGAGGAGGAGUUCAGACACCACACCCUGUCUACCCAGAAGGUGCAAACCGACUGGCUGUGGCUCAAGGAAGCGAGCAAAAAGCACACGAGAGGGCAAGGCAGGUAUGACCUGGGUGUGGACUUCCCCUCCAUGCUGGCGCAGGACUCAGCGCUGGGCUACCAGCUGCAUGCCACCAGGUCGCAGAUUGAGCACGAGUCCUUUGUGACGGCGGAGGUGGAGAAAGCCAAGGCUGCGGUGCAGUGCUCCCGUGUCUGGGACAUCACCAGCAAGCUGCUGGCACAGCAGAAAUCCACAGCAGAGCUGGAGGAGCACAUCAGGGCCUGCAAGGAGAAGCGGCGGGCGCUGAAGGACACGCUGCAGGAGCUGGAGCUGAAGCAUGCGGAGCUGAAGUUUCACCAGCCCCCAAGUACUAUCAGCUGCAAGAAGCUGGAGGCAGAGCUGCGGGAGCGCCUGCAGCAGGAGGAGGCCCGGCUGGAGGAGGUACGAGCCCAGUACGUGAGGAACCAGGAGCUGCUGCUGCAGUUUGAGAACGGCGUCGACAACCUUGUCAUCCGUCUGCAUGGCAUCGACGUGCCUGACCAGGAUCUCCCCGUCGAGUUCAAAGGGGUAGAUGAGAAGCUGCAGUACUGCAGGCAGAAGCUGCAGCACCUGGCUCAGCGUGUGAGCUCCCUGUCUGCCCACGUUUACAGCUCUGACGAGGACAAUGAGACUUUUGUGAAGGUCAGGAAUUUAUUGGAGAAAACGACUGCAAAAGAGCCAUGGAACAUGAAGAUUCCCUUGGAGGACAAGGGCUCUGGGAUGCAAGCUCCCUCUGAUUUUGUUGAUGAGGACCAGGACCAGGUUCUCACCCGGGAGGACAUCAAGAAGCAGGGGCUGCACCUGAUAGAAAGCAAGAUGAGAAUCAAGAGGAGAUCGUGAUUGCUGCCCCUGAGUUUUUGAUGCCUCUCCUUUUCCCAGCAGGUUUAAUAGAGCAGAGCUUUCUCGUUC